AUGGCAUCCCCUCGUGUCUCAGAGACUGAAGACAACGAGCAAGAUGUGUCCCUUUUUGAGGUCAUCGCAGACCUCAUUCACUGCUCUGACCCCGAUAGGGCAACCAUUAGGGGCAUGAGUAGGCAUGAGUGCCAAGCUAGCAUAAUCAACUCAAUAACACAAAUGAGAGAUCCAAAGAGAACAACAAUCAGUGUCCAAGAUGCACUAGGUAAACUAUUCUUGUUACACUUCCAAGAUGCUUAUCAAGAGCUCAGAUCCCUCCACAGAGAAGUUGACAGGCUGACCACCAGCAACGCCGAGCUGACAGCCGAGGUCAAUGCUUUAUCUAGGGAGCAUAGCCUCUUGAAAGACUCCCUCGAUGAGUGCGCCGAAAGGCUAGAGAAAGCCGAGAAAUGCGCUGGAAGGGCUGCCAAGGAGCAGAACCCCAAAGAAGGGUGUGAGGGGCACAAGAGACCCCCAACCAUGCAUCAAAGUUUAGAGCGGGAAGAGGCGUCUGAACUGGACACCGAGGAUUACCCGGUCGAGCACCAGGCGCCCCACCAACCUCCAUCAACUCGCUACACAACUCCGUCAUCAUCUAGCCAGGGCCUACCUAACAAUUUUACUAUUUGUGCUCCAGGCCCUUCUGAGGCCGACGAUGAGGAACUUGUGCGUGCCACACAAGAGUGUGAGACACAGCUGCAAACAGCAGCCACCAUGCCUCCUCUAGCAGCCACCAUGCCUCCUCCAACAGCCGUCAUGCCUCCUCCAACAGCCGCCAUGCCUCCUCCAGUAGAAGUUGCUCAGCCACAGCCACCGGUGGAUCUCCCCUCUCACUGGAAGGACCAUCUUCCUCCCUUCCAACAGGAGUGGAUUCACCACACACUGUUCAAGGCGAACCCAAAGACUGGGAAACCGGAGCUGGUGACCCAGCUGAAGCUGUGGUGGCAUCCUCCUCAGCCCACCCUCAUUCACACCCAGCCACCGGCGUCACCUAAUCAAUUCUUCUGUCGCCCCCUGUUCCUGUGGAUGCCUCACAAGAUGUGGAGGUACCCACUAGUCUGCGUGUGUCCAUCAUGCCAAAAGUACAGCCUUACAGCAGCCGGACUGUAUAGGACCGUGCGCAAGGUCCUGGACAUAGACGGGUGGUAUGACCUUGCAACUGAGUACCUGGAGUGCAAGCGGUGCUCCAAGAAAUAUCCUGCGUGGUCUGAGGAUAUCUUGGCCCAGCUGGAUGUUGGCCACCGCAGCCAGUUCCCAGCUCUGCUAACUUACAGGUACUCAUGUGACAACCGGGUGAUAAGGAUGAUGAGGGAGAGGACACUGGGCAACAGUGUUACCCAGCUGUACAAGAAGCUGAACGAGCAGCACAGUGAGGCGUGGAUGCAGCGCUUCCUGCAGUACCUGACAGCUUGCGAGCCGUUUACAAGGUCUGCAAUCAUCUGCCCAGUAUUUGCAGAUCCCCCAGCCUUACCUGCCAUCCCAAAACCGAAGUGGCUGUUGGCCAUGUUUGCCAGAGAUGUCCUUGGGAGGCUGAAUGAAGUGAAGGCCAAAAUUACAAACACCUUUGGCUCUGUCCUCAAGAUGGACUCCACGAAAAAGAUCACCAAAAAGCUGUCUGGUGCCGCUGCAGGUACAGCUGCUUGGUGUACAAACGUGGGAAAUGAGUACGGCCAAGUACUCACUUCAGUCCUGACGGCCUCCGAGGGACAUGCUCUGGAUGGGAUGGCAACAGCCCUAAUGAAGCGGUACAGGGAGGCAGGUGUAGCUCCACCCGACAUUAUGUACGUGGACAGAGACUGCUGCAGUGGGGCAGUGAACAGGAUGUUUGCCGACUGGGAUGAGCUCCAAGUGCGCCUUGACGUGUGGCAUUUCAUGCGCCGCUUUGCUGCAGGUGUCAACACAGAGGCUCAUCCCCUGUAUGGCAUUUUUAUGAUGCGCCUGUCCAAGUGCAUCUUUGAGUGGGAUCCCGAGGAUGUGUCUGCUCUUUGUGAAGCUAAGAAGAGCAAGCUGGCGGCGAAGGGCAUCCUGGACAUCACAGAGGAGGCUCUCAAUGCCUGGAUAUCUCGGAAGGAGUUGGCGCUGCACUGUCGGAGGAGGACCAGGGGUGUGGAGGAGACCUCCAGACUGCUUGAAGCAUUGAUCAGUCUGUUUGACAGCCCAGCUGGGAAGGACACUCUGAGUGUUCCUCUGCUCGACCACGAACGGAUCCAGGGAAUAUGGAAGGAUCAGAAGAAGCACGUGGCCUGCAUCCAGGACCCAGACUUCCCCCUCUACAUUAAAACGGGCACCCUGAAGAAAGGCGACAUGGUGCUCAACUGCUACAGGUGUGCCCGUGGCUCCACCUCCCUGAAGUCUUUCCAUCUUCACCUGACUAGGUUUAUCCCAGGUGUGCAAGAUGUAGCCGAUUAGGCUGACGAGGGACGCGUGGGUCCACCUGAUGCUCCUUCAAAAUGACCUGGCUCUUUUUUCUACGUAGGAGAGAGCAGCGAGG